AACAGAAUUUGAUCAACCAUGGAGGGAAACACCCUGGAGCUUUAAAGACAAUUUGGAGAAAAACCUGAGGGAACUUAAGUUGAGUGAUCCAAAUGUUAAGUACAUCAGGAUCUUGCUGGCUGGAGAAGUGGGAGCAGGAAAAUCCAGCUUCAUCAACUCAGUCAGUAGUGCUUUUAAAAGAAGAAUCACAACAGACGCUCUUGCUGAUAAUGCUGGUGCAGCUGGUACAAGUUUUACAAAAACAUACGACACUUUUUACAUAAGAAAUGGAGAAUCAGUUCUGCCUUUUGUCUUCAAUGACAUCAUGGGCUUAGAAUCCGGACAAUCACAUGGUGCACGUCCGGAUGACAUCAUCAAAGCCCUUGAGGGUCUCCUUAAGGAAGGACACAAUUUCAAUCCAAUUGCUUCUGCUAAAAAAGACGACUGCAAAAGUGAAACAAGCCUUGAGGAUCUGACAUACUGUCUGGUCUACGUCAUAGCAGCGGACAAAAUAUCAAUGAUGACUUCUGAUGUCAUCAAAAAGAUGAGAUACAUUAGAGAUAAGGCCAGCAGUCUGGGAAUUCCUCAGGUAAUCAUCAUGACGAUGGUGGAUGAGGUUUGCCCACUAGUCAGAAAAAACCUAAGAAAAAUCUACACAAGCAAGAAGAUAAAAGAGAAGAUGCAGGAGUGCUCUAAUUCAGUUGGUGUCCCUGUGAGCUACAUCUACCCUGUGAAGAACUACCAUGAGGAGAUGGAUACACAAAAUGACGUUGAUGUGCUGAUCCUGAGGGCUCUCACACGGAUUGUGGAAAUUGCAGAUGAUAUGCUGAACAAAAGAAAAAGUGAUCCUAAAAAAUGUUAAUCUGAAUGAAACACAAUAGAGAAAGCAUAGGCAAUUGUGGGAAUGUAUAUUAAUUAAUUUGACUUCUUCUAAUGCUGUGUAACAUGUAACUGUAGCUUUAUACGCAAGGCUGAACUGCCUCCUAUGUUUCUGGUAAGAACUGAUAAACCAGUACAUGGAGCUCCAGGAACUGUGACGCAUGUUAACCCUUGAGCAGACAGGGAGGGUGAUAUAUGUACUUGAGAUUUCUGUUCUCAGCAACAUUAAUAAAAGUCUCUUCU